AAUGCUGUGGUGCUAUGGACUAUGCAUUCAUGGGAAAGGGAUGCUCGUUUGGUGAAGGAGGCCUUGAAGAAAGGCCCACAAACAUACAGUGUGCUUGUGGAGAUUGCAUGUACUAGAUCGGCUGAGGAGCUUUUAGGAGCUAGGAAGGCCUACCAUUCCCUCUUUGAUCACUCCAUUGAGGAAGACGUUGCCUACCACAUUGAUGGCCCUGAAGGAAAGCUCUUGGUUGCGCUUGUGAGUGCCUACAGGUAUGAAGGACCAAAGGUUAAAGAUGACACUGCAAAAUCCGAGGCCAAAACACUUGCUCAUGCCAUUAAGAAUGCAGAUAAGAGGAACCCCAUUGAAGAUGAUGAGGUCAUUAGGAUACUAUCAACAAGGAGCAAGCCCCAUCUCAAGGAAAUAUAUAAACACUACCAGGAGAUUUCUGGCCACAACAUCGAUGAGGAUCUUGAUGAUGCUUUGAGGUUAAAAGAGACAGUGCAAUGCCUAUGUACUCCUCACACAUAUUUCAGCCAGGUCUUGGAAAUUUCAUUGAGAAAUGGUGUGGAUAAGAGCAUCAAAAAGGGAUUGACUAGGGUAAUCGUCACCCGAGCCGACGCAGACAUGAAGGAGAUCAAAGAGGAAUACCGGAACCGGUAUGGAGUUUCUUUAACCGAGAAAAUUGAAGCAACAGCUAAUGGGAAUUAUAAGGAUUUCUUACUCACUUUGGCUGCAAGAGGAGGCUAAAACUGGUUGGGAGUCAAAGUUUGGGGCUUGUUGGGAUUAUUUGAAGGGUUUCUGUGUUGCCCUCUUCAAUUGUUGCUGUCUUUCAUGGUUGCUUUCUUGCUAGAGCUAGUGUUGUUCUGUAUGAGUAUUGUGUUACCAUUAAGAAAAACUGAAAUAAAAUCAAUCAAUGAGCCAUUUGAGCAUUAAAUAA